UAUAAGUCUUUUAUGUAUGUUUGUCACUUUGUUAAAUUUAAAUUGUCAAAAUGUUUAGAAAAUCUAUUUGUACAUCAUUUUUGUUUAGGAAAAGCUUUUUAAGGACUACUCCACAAAAUUUCAAACACAAUGUAGCCAUUAUCGGUGCAUCUGGUGGUAUUGGCCAGCCUCUGUCGCUUUUACUCAAACUAAAUCCAAAUAUUGGCGAAUUAAGGUUACACGAUCUUAAGGAUAUUCCUGGUGUUGCUGCGGACUUAUCGCAUAUAGAAACAGCUGUUAGCGUUUCGCAUGCCGACGGUAGAGAUUACGGUUCAACUUUAAAAGGUGCUGAUAUUAUAGUAGUUCCGGCAGGAAUGCCCAGGAAGCCGGGAAUGAAGCGCGAGGAUUUGUUUAAUACUAACGCACAAGUUGUUUACGAUGUGGCAAAGGGUAUGGCAGAGCACAGUCCGGACGCAAUUUUAAUCAUUAUAACGAACCCCAUCAACGCAGUCGUUCCAAUCGCUUGCGAGGUGCUUAAAGACGCUGGGAAAUUGAAUCCCAGAAAGAUAUUCGGAUGUUCCACGCUUGAUUCGGUGCGAACUAAUACCUUUGUAGCUGGAAUAAUAGGAGCCGAUCCAAAAACUGUAAAUAUUCCUGUUAUAGGUGGUCACUCUGGGAUCACUAUAAUACCCCUAAUUUCUAGAUCAACCCCCCCAGCAUGCAUCGAAGGUGAACAACUAAGCAAACUAAUAACAAGAGUCCAAGACGCCGGUACCGAAGUGGUGAAAGCCAAGGCAGGCAAAGGGUCAGCAACCUUAUCCAUGGCCUACGCCGCCUCCCGCCUAACCUUCUCCAUGUUGCGAGCCCUGGAUGGCGAAGCCAACAUCGUGGAAUCGGCUUACGUAUUAAGCGACGUGGUACCGGAAGUGAAGUACUUUGCAACGCCGCUCGUGCUGGGGAAAUGCGGCAUCGAGAAAAACCUGGGGCUGGGAAAGCUGUCCGACGCCGAACAGAAGAUGGUUUGCGAGGCCCUGGAACCGCUGAAGAAAGAAAUCGCCAAGGGGGAGAAGUUUGUGCAAGACCAGAAGUGUGGUGGAAAGAAAAAAUGAAAAUGGUGUAUGAAAUGUUUAAAAAAAGUCUUGUCAAAAUUAUGUUAGUGUAAAGUAAAGGUGGUAUAUUAAACUAA